UAAACCCCGAGAAGUCCCCCAGUAUGAACAUGAAUUUCUGAAAACUCCCUCUGCCAACACCAAUCCCUAUUAAGUCGCUCCCGGGACGCGGCUCACAAUGAAGUUCGUGCCGGCAGGCGUCGUGCCCUUCGUGGCCCUGCUCCUGCUGCAGCGGCGGCCGGUGGCCGGGCGGGCGCUGCUGGUGAGCGGCCCCGGCUGCCCCGGCCAUGGCUUGUGCCGCUCCAACGUGCAGGAGCAGACCCGCAGGCAGGUCGCGCUGCUCAACGCCACCGCUCAGGACCUCUUCAGCCUCUAUCUGAAGUGCCAGGGAGAGCCGUUCAGCAGCGAGACCGACAAGCUCUGCAACGCCGGCAGCGUGUUCUUCCCCGCCUUCCGCGUCAACCGGACGAGCGAGAGGAAGGAGGUGAUGGUGGCCAUGUACAAGCUCUUCGCUUUCCUCAAUGCCUCGCUCGGCAACAUCACUCGGGACCAGGAGGAGCUCAACCCCACGGCCAAGGAGCUCCUGGACCGGCUCCACAACACCACCAAGACCACGCGGGGCCUCAUCUCCAACCUCACCUGCCUGCUCUGCAAGAACUACAACGUCUUCCAGGUGGACGUCAGCUACGGGGAGAGCUCCAAGGGCAAGAGCACCUUCAAGAAGAAGCAGCAGGGCUGCCAGGUGCUCAGGAAGUACGUGCAGGUCAUCGCCCAGGCCGCCCGUGUCCUCCUACCUCACCUCAGCCCCCCGUGAGCUCCUGCCCCGGCUCCUCUGCCCCGCACCGGCCGCCUCUCAACUCCUAUUUAUUACCCUGGACCCUGCGCUGGCCCCACCGGCCUUUAUCUGCCCCUUGCUGGGGUGAACGUUGCAGCCUGGUGUGUCCCGGGCGGAGCGGAGCUGGGGCCGGCAUCCAGCGGGAUGAGGCAGCGCAUCCCAGAGGUGAUGCUGCAGCGCAGGCUGGUCCUGGGAUGCAUCUCGGCUGGUCCUGUGCUCCAUGUGGGGACCUGUGAGGGGCUGGCGGCAGGGCCGGACUCUGUCCCUCACAGCCGGUGUCCUCCAUCCUGGAGAGGGACCCGAUGGACAUCCCGAGCAUCGCCCCAGAGCCUCCGCUGCCCUGGGAAAAGGGGCUGGGAUGAAGGACGCUGGGAUGCUGCGGCUGGUGGGGACACAGAGCGCGGGGACCUGCACACCUUGAGGCUGGGCUCUGCCACAGAGGAGCCAAACUGAGGGUACGGGGUGGCCGUGGCAGCUGGGGCUGGGUCCGGGUCCCACCGGCUGGGACGACGCCACCGCUGGGGA